AUGACCACCACCACCACCGUCGCCGUCGGAGGCCUGGGCCUGGGCUUGGGAGCAGCCGCUCUCGCCGGCGCCGUGGGCCUAGGGCUCGCCGCCGCCGCCGCCGCCGCCUUCGGGGGCAGGAACCGCGGAGGGAACAAGGGAGGCUACCGAGGACACCACGGAGGGGGCUACGGACACCACGGAGGGGGUUACGGACACCACGGGGGCUACGGCGGCUACCACCGUCGGCGCCGCUCGGUGGAGGAGGACUCGGAGGCGCUGGACAACCUGAUGGCGCUGAUCCGGCAGGAGGACGUGACCGGCUGCGGGAUGCGGCUCAUGUGCGAGCUGGGGGCGGCGCCUGAGGACGAGCUCACCGUCGAGGAGCUGUCCAUCCUUCACCUCGUCGGGCCCAUCGUGAAGCCCGGCGAGGGAGUGUUGCCAUCUGGGAGUGCCACGUCACAGUACCGGAAUGCCAAGGAUUUCGGGCGGGAGGGGGGGGAGUGUGCCAAGGCCUUCCCCAUGUGCCCCCUCGAUCGUGCCCAGCUCAUGGACACUGUCAUGAACUAUCUGCCAUGAGACUUGCAGAUGGUCGAGAGCUUCCGUUAUGGCGUCCGUGAGGUUUGAUGAUAGUGUAGCGGAUGAGCGGGAAAGGAAAGGAGUACAAAAGGUGCUUUUUGUGUUAGACACUCUCCAAAUCUGUUAAACUGAGAGCAAUUUAAAUUUUAUAAACUAAUAAAACCUGACAGAAA